AUGGCUCCCCCUAGUGUUUUGAUGGUCGGCACCGGUGAAUACACCACUGGCUUUGUCGGCGGUGGUGCAUCCAACUCAGACAAGAAGGUCGGCGUGGUGGGCCUCACUCUAUUCGACCUGCGCCGGCGAGGCAAGGUGGGCGACUUGAGCAUGGUAGGCGUCUCGGGCAAGAAGUUCCCCGGCAUCCGCGAUCACUUGCACCGUAACAUCUCCCAAGUCUACAAUAACCUCGAUACCUCCUUCACUUCGUUCCCAGCGGACGACCAGACGGACCCCGACGCAUACAAGACCGCCAUUGAUGCCCUCCCCAAAGGCUCCGCCAUCACCAUCUUUACCCCGGACUCCACCCACUACCCCAUUGCCCUCUAUGCCAUUGAGCGCGGUCACCACGUGCUUAUCACCAAGCCAGCAACCCAACGACUAGAACACCACCUGUCCCUGGUUGAGGCUGCGCGCAAGCAUGGUGUCUUCGUCUUCAUCGAGCACCACAAGCGCUUUGACCCCGCAUACUCUGAUGCGCGGGCCAAGGCGAAGACUCUUGGUGAUUUCAACUACUUCUACAGCUACAUGAGUCAGCCCAAGAGCCAACUCGAGACCUUCAAGGCCUGGGCUGGUCGCGAUUCGGAUAUUUCCUACUAUCUCAACUCGCACCACAUUGAUAUCUGCGAGAGUAUGGUCCCCGAAUACAAGCCUGUGCGGGUCACAGCAACUGCAUCCCAAGGUACCGCCGCUGCGCUUGGAUGUGUCCCUGAGACGGAGGAUACCAUCACACUCUUGGUGGAAUGGCGCCGCCGUGACAACCCAGCGAAGAUCGCCACUGGUGUUUACACUGCUAGCUGGACGGCGCCUCUAAAUGCAGGUGUCCACUCGAACCAGUACUUCCACUAUAUGGCUGCCAACGGUGAAAUCCGUGUCAACCAGGCUAAGCGCGGCUAUGAAGUGACCGGUGAUGACCAGGGCCUCAUUCAUUACAACCCAUUUUACAUGCGCUACGCGCCAGACGAAGAAGGAAACUUCAGCGGGCAGACUGGAUACGGCUACAUCAGCUUCGAAAAGUUCAUCGAUGCUGUCACGGCCGUGAACGAGGGUCGGGUAACUCUUGACCAGCUGGAUGCCCGCCCACUGCCUACUCUGCGCAAUACGAUCGCCACAACUGCAAUCCUUGAUGCAGGCCGCAAGUCGCUGGACGAGAGACGGCCCGUGGAGAUUGUCUCUGAGGGAGAUAAGUGGGAGAUGAAGUAG